AUGUCUGCUCGGUCAAAACUAGAACCAAUAUGCAAAGUUUGCGAACAAGAUCUCUAUGAUGAUGAGCUAGAUUUCUACCCUUGCAAUUGCAAGUUUCAGAUAUGCUAUGAAUGCUACAAUAUUCAGCUAGAGAGGAAAGACCAAAAGUGCCCAAAUUGUCUGAAGUAUUACGAGCUACACAGAGUCAAUGAAUAUAUUAAAAAAAGCUCCUCACGUUAAGUUAAAAAUAUAUCUUCCACUUAAGAAACUUAUUCCUCUUCAAAUAUGAGUUCCUACAGCAUGAAGCACGGCAGUCAGAACAAUCAAUCAGCUGUGAAAUAGCUGUAGCAGUACUCAAAUAAAUCUCCCUCUCAAAAUAAUAAAAGGACAUCUUCUGACAAUAAUAGACAACAACACCAGCAAUAAACAGUCUCAAAUCCAAUCUCUAAAUUAAGUUCAAUCAGAAUUCUUCAGAAGCAUAUUCUUUACGUCAUAGGGAUAUCCCCUUCAAUUGCUAAAGAAGAAACUUUAAGAAGAUAUGAGUACUUCGGAUAAUAUGGUCGCAUCCAGCAAAUAACCAUAAAUAGAGAGAAUGCCUACAACUCUGAAAAUCAAGGCAUCUGUUUCUCAGCUUAUAUCACAUAUUCUCAGCCACAAGAAGCCUCAAUCGCAAUAUUAGCUGUUGAUCAGUUUGUUUAUGACAGCAGACACAUCAGAGCAUCCUUUGGACGCACCAAAUACUGCAAGUUUUUCCUCAAAGAUACUCAAUGCCCAAAGAAGGAAUGCCCUUAUUAGCAUACAAUUUGUGAUUAGAAUGAAGCACUCACUUAGGAUGACAUGCAGAAGAGACAACUCUUUUAACAAUGCCAAACUCUAGCUUUUUCUCUGUCGAAAGUUUGUCAAAUCACCGAGGACUAGUUCAGACUAAGCAUAAAGCAAUUCAAAGAUACAUACUACCCAGGUUAAUAACUCAAAUCUAUUAUGCCAGCCCCAGAGAGUAUUUAUGCCAAGAAAGCUUUAUUCAAAUAAUAUGCUCAAUAUGUAAAACUAGCCUAAUCAUAGCAGCAAUAGUAGUAACUCACUUAAAAAUAUAAUGCUCCCAAUUCAAGUAGGUCUGUCAAUAUCAGACAGCCUUCCUGCUCCUAAUAAGAUUAGCAAUAAGUUCUAGCGUAAUCAUCCAAUAUUAAUAUUGAAGGGAAUUCUGAUAAGAUUUAAUCCAGUCAGUAGAUUUACAAAUCCUCGAUGUCAACUUCAUCACAAAGCUUUUAAAUUAAGAACAGAAAUCAAAUAACUCAAUCAGAUAAUGCUUAAACUAAUCUUGCCAGUGAAGAGAUAAAGGUUGAUGAUACUUAAAAGAACUAGGCUAGUGAUGUAAUUUCUAUAAAUAAAGAUGACUUGACUUAAAAACAGCCAAAGAGAAAUAACUCUACUGAUGAGUUGAGAAAUAACAGAGACUAAACUUAUUAAAAUACAAUGAAGAACUUUGAAAUGCAAAUUGUGCUUAGUCUGACUAAGUAACUCUAAAGCGAGCAAGACUCUAAGAAUCAGAACAGCUAAAUCAACGAGGAAACUAGUAUAUUCAAUGAGAAAAGAACCAGUAGAUUCCUGAAUAUGAGAGAUAGCAGUGAUGAAGAGGACAGAAUACCUUAGAGAGAGAACAUCAUACUUUCAAGAAGGUCUAGUUUGGGCUAGGGUUACAAAAAGGGCUCAAUGCAAUCACUUAUCGUAGAAAGCUUAAAGUUCUUGAUAGAUGAUACUGAUGUUGUGCCAAACAAGAGAGAACCUCUUAUCCAAAAGAACUAAUUUGAUACUCAUCCGCCAAGUGAAGUUUUCAAUAUUGCAACACCAGCUCAAUCUAAUCUCGGUGGGUAUAAUGACGAAGAUAUACUUUGGAACAACACAAUAUUCUCUCAAAACGAAUAUAACCAUAACACCAGAAACAUGAAUAAUCUAGAUGACAAGAGUUAUUACUCUCACUAGGGCUUUAACAAUCAUUAGUAAAGAUUUAGUCACACUAUAAAGGAUAAUGGGGGCAACUCACUAUUUGCAAACUCUUUCCUGAAUCAAAACUUUUAACCAAUGAGAUCCUAGGUAUUCAAUGACAGCAACUUUUAGAAUUCAUUUUCAGCCCACAAGCCUCAGUAUGGAUAGAGUUUCUUCGGAAAUAUAGGGGUUGGUCCAUUCGGUCCAUUCAACUAAGGGAAUCAGAACUUUGCUGGAAGAAAGACGACUCUCGCUCCAGAGUAAAUAGAGUCACAAAUUGUUGGGGAAAGCAAAAGCCUGCAACUGAACAGGUCUCCAAGUCAGCCUAACUAUGAAAAACUAUGUCUGAGUUAACAAGCCAAUUCGAGAAAUCUAAAUGUAAACCAAUUCAAUUAAAUAUAGAUAAGCCAAUUCAACACCUAGUAAAUGUUUGCUGGUGAAGCCAACAUGUAAUAAUAAUUUAAAAAGUCUCUUCCCAUUCAAGCCUCAGCAAGUGUAUAAGGAAUUAAUAUCAAUAAUGUGAGUAAUAAGCAGUACUAAUUAAAUAAGUAAAAUCUAGACUUGCUUGACAAGCAUUAUGAGACUAGCAAGGAUCUGAUGUACGCUAAAAUCUUUUGCCAAGAUGGAGCUGCAUCAAUGAACAACAACUUUAUUUCUUCACAAUCACUGUUUUACUAUAACAGUCAACUGGAUGAUGGAUACGAGGGUCCUGAUAUGAGCAAUAAACGGUUCAGUAAGUUAUCUGAGCGAGGCUAAAUCCCCCGAACUCCUGUUAAGGACAGCCGAGGUUUAUUUAGACUUACUGACGAUGAUGACUUCUAUCAUGAUGACAGUCAAUUCGACUAAAUCACCAAAAAUAGUGAACCUAAGAACUACUAUAAAGAAUUCCUAAGUUUGAAGGACAGUAGCAUAUUCAGUGGUAAUUUAUUCAGUAAGAGAAGAAACUCUCUAGAGUAAGAUAGAGAGAAGCUACAUCCACAAUCCCUCUAGUUCAAUAAUACUCUUUCGCCCUUUAUCAAUGACAGCUAGACUGAUAAUGGUGGUUUAGGCGUGCCUGGGCAGAUCAAGAAAAAGAGCAAGUCUAGAUCUAGACAGCGAAAGACUACUGCUAUGACAGCAACCUUCGAAGGCAAAGAAUGA